CAUAACCUGCAUAAAACAAAUGCAUAUGACAUAUCAUUGAUAAUUGAGUCAAGAGAUCAGAGAGCAUCAGCAACUGAAGCAAACAUGAACGAUCCAUACAUUUUGGACAACAUCGAUCUGGAUGAUGACGACGACGAAGCUACUGAAGGAAACGAAUCGUACGAACAAAGCCCUGAAGAAAACGAGGACAAUGAAGAAAACAUCAGAGGCAUUUGUAACGAAGAAAGCGGUGACAUCUACGGAAACAACGCUUCCGCCAGCAGUCGAAUCCGUAAGGCGCCGGACGAUGGGGGACAGCACCCCCCCGAACCGAAGAAGCGCAAGGUCAUGGAGUACGAGGUAAUCGAGGACAGCAUUUUGAUGUGCGUCGGCGAGUUCAAGCCUCCACUUGAUCCCCUCGUCAAAUGCCCGAUCAAGACGCCGGUCAAAAAUAGGCUUUGCGGACACGUCUACGAGAAGGACACCAUACUCGGCUACAUCAACAGACCGGGGAAGAAGGUCAAGUGUCCCUACAUUGGAUGCGUCUCGGGAUACCUGAAGAAGGAGAACCUUGUGGAGGACAAGGAGCUGAAGCGCAAAAUCGAGGAGUAUUUUGAGAAUCACGAGGAGUCCUCGGACGAUGAUAGCGAGGAUGAGGAGUGCAUUUGUUUGGAAUGAGUUUAGGUAAAUGUUCAAUUUGUUAUUGUAGUUUGGUAGUGUUGUAGUAGGUGACGUUUCUAAUAAAAGUCGAUACGACACAA